AUGGCGAGAGGGAGCGGGAUCCGUCGUCGUAGCCGCCGGAUGCCUCGAGGUGGCAAGAUGCGCGCUGCCGGGGGCGCUGUAAUGGAGCCCCAUGGCGAGAGUGUACUAAAGGCCGGUGGCCGCGGGGUCCGCGGGCGUAACAGUGGUGGGAGCCUCGGCCAAGUAGUCAAGGCAGGCAGCGUCGACUCCAAGGUCGACAAGCCAAGUAGCGCCGAUUCGGCCGGGGAGGGCUGGAUCUACGUGCGCGGGCAUCGACUCAAGAAGGCUGGCCUGCAUAUCAACUGCCACGGCAAUGUGUACGUCCCCGACUCGGAAGAUGAAGAAUCCAGCAUGGAGGAUCAGGCGUGUGGCCUACAUGUCUCUGCGGGCACGAAGCUCGCCAUGGACCUGACCCCCCAGGUCCAUGACGAGGCCACAGUCGGGGCUGCCGGUGUGGAGAUGGCCCCUGAUGUGACCGCGGAUCAGGAUGCUCACAAGGAUCUGCCCGUCGACGAGGAUUCGAGGAUGAAGGUGCCCACCGAAGUGCCUGAACAACUGAAGGAGGUGCUUGCCAACAUGGAUCCAAUCUACCAUGACGUCUUCGUGAGCAUGUACAAGAUUCUGGUGCCUAUAUGCUUCCGUUUGUUCCAUCGUUAG